AUGAAAGAUGGUUAUGGGAUUUAAAAAUGGGAAAGUGGAUUGAAAUAUGAAGGUUAUUGGAAAAAUAAUUAAAGUAACGGAUAAGGUAAAUUAACAUAUGCGAAUGGUGAUAUUUUUGAAGGAGAAUGGAUAAAUGAUAAGGCAAAUGGAAAAGGUAUCUAUUAUUUUGCAAAUGGAGCUAAAUAUGAAGGAGAGUGGAAAGAUAAUAAAUAAUGUGGAUUUGGUAUAUAAUAUUGGCCAGAUGGGUCAAAAUACUAAGGAGAUUUUGAAGAUGGUAAAAAAUAAGGUAAAGGAAUUUUACACUAUUGCGAUAAAUCUUAUUAUGAAGGAGAAUUUUAAAAUAAUAUUAUUAAAGGUUUUGGUAUUUAUAUAUGGCCUGAUAAUAGAAUUUAUGAAGGAUAAUGGAAUUUCAAUAAAAUGGAUGGUUUUGGAAAAAUGGAAUGGCCUGAAAAUCUAAUUAUUGAAAAUAAUAUAAAUACUGAUAAUAAUAAUGAUAAAAGUAGUAAUGUUAUUAUAAAGGACGAUAAAGAUGAGGAAGAAUCGAGUAUUUAAAAAGGAGAUGGAAAAUAAUAUAUAGGUCAUUGGAAAUAAGGAAGAUAACAUGGUCUAGGGAUGGUUGUUUUUAUAAAUGAGGAAAACAAGUUUGGAGUUUGGUAUAAGGGGAAAAAUAUUAAAUGGCUUAAUAAGACAGAAGUUGAAUAAUAUAGAAAAUAAGGAAAAUUAAAUUUUUUGGAUUGA